GAGAGGGAGAGGGGGAGAGAGAGAGAAGGAAGGGAAGGGGGUUUCCUCUUCUAUUAAUUUUCUUGGGGGGUUUUUGCACCUCUUCUCACCAUAUCAGGCUCCUCUUCCCCGGAAUCCGACCUGCAAAAUUUGUCUCUCUCGCUCUGGUUUCCUCUAUCAUAUUUUAUUCAAUCUGUCAACCCUAACCCAUCGAUGAGGAUCAGAAAGCGAUCUCAGCCAUUGCCGUUCUCUUCCCUUUGCCCCGUCACUCUAUUAGAUCCCCAACCAUCCACACCGGCAUCACUUGAACAUAACCAGGUAGGAAGUGAUGCACAAGUGAAAGAAGAGGAGGAAAAGGCGACGGGGUUGCAGCCAGGUAGGGAUUUAGUGGUACAAGAACAGAAUACCUAUCUUAAUCGGCCCUGCCGUUCCCCCGAUCAAUGUCCCCAACUUCCCUCGAAGGUGGAAGAGCACCAGCCUUGCCCGGAUCUGCUUCUGACGAUCGUGAGAGGAGGUAACGGAUGGUUUUUCUGCGAUGGGAAGGAGGGCCAAGACCAGAAAAUCGAAAGAGAUUUUUGCAUGAUGCAGUCCUCCGAUAGUCCAACCCAAGUCGACGAGGAAUUGAUAGGAGGAGAUGAAAGAGAAAGGAAGAACUGGAGAGUUAAGACCAACAAUCUCAGGAAGGAAAGUAGCUUGGGUGCAGAAGCUGCUGACGGAAUUUCUGUGUCAUCGUCUUGCUAUGACCAAGUUGGGAGGUGGGGUGAAGGAGAGAAGGCAAUCCCAUUGAAGAAAAGAAGAGGGAGCUUUGACCGGCGGGCAACAUACGAGACGACGACACUGGGGAACGAGAAGAAGAUGAAGAGUAAACUGAAAACAAAGACGAACAAGAGAUUGGCUCAACAAGCAAAGGAGGAGGAAGAGGAUAAAGAAGAACAAAAGCGAGAACCAGAAGGGAAGGAGGGAAGCAGCACCGAGAAUAGUAAUAACGCGAGGAGGAGUGGGAGCGAAAGGGUGGUGAUGGAGGGUUCGAGGUGCAGUCGCGUUAAUGGGAGAGGAUGGAGAUGUUGCCAACAGACACUUGUUGGGUACUCUCUAUGUGAGCACCAUCUGGGUAAAGGAAGGCUCAGGAGCAUGAGCAGCGUUCGGAGUCGUACUUCAGCCGUUGCUAGGCCCAAGAAAGAUUCUACCGCCGCCGCCGCUGCUGCUGGAGACAGAAGUAUGAGGUCGUUAUCGUCGGAGAAGAAACAUGAUGAACAGACGUUGUUACACGAGGGCCAGGAUGACGAUGACGAUGAAGAAAAGCCAUUGAUGAUUACAAAGAAAAGAAAGAAGAUCGGAAUAGUGAAAGCUCGAUCCAUAAGCAGUUUACUAGGCCUAACAGAAAACACAGUCGCGACAAGAAGUGAUAAUAGCCAUGGAAGACUAUGAACGCCAAUUGAGCAACAAAAGUGUAAAGAGCUAUAAAAAGGAUGAUAUUUAUUGGAGCUUCUUUAUUGGUGGUGAUGGUGGUUACUGCACUGGUGGCGCGGUGCUUAUUACAGGUAUGAAUUAAUCACGUAUAACACUGUUAAUUGCACAGUUAAAGUUUGCUUUGACAAGACUCCCUGAUCUCCCAUGUUUCCAUUAUGCUGAGAUCAAAUUAUAUGAAACCUGUUAUUUAUUCUGGACUCUUGAGCUA